AUGGCAGAGAAAACAUUGGACAACUCGACUAUUAAUAAGCUCAUUCCAGAGAUAUUCGAUCAGAUGCGAGUGAAUCUCAAUGUCAAGAAAUCUGUGGGCCCUGCUACGUUUGGGUCAGCGUCAAACGUUACAACACAGUCAUUAUUAGAAGAAAGUAAAGCUCUCGACAAAAUAAUUCCAGUCAUUGAAAAUUUGGAUAAGUCUUUAAAGAUGGCCGGACCACAGCAUCUCAAACGAAUUCAAGAAACGUGCAUAUCAACUAAUAAAAUACUUGAUACCUGGAUCAAAAUUCAAUCUCAGGCUGGAUAUGCGUAUGAUCUUAUGAGCAGCGAGCCAUAUUUAAAUUGCAUUGGUGCAUUGCAAAGAGAUGAUAAUAAGACUGCCGAGAACGUUUUACAAAGUAAAAGAGAUGAGAUUGCAACCCUGAAGGCAGCGCUGGAAGAAAAAAAACGGUCUAAAUUGGUCGAAACUGCAGAUCGUGAACAGCCGAAAGAUAAACAGGUUUCAGGAUCGAGAACAGCCGUUGCUUCGAAAGGAAGAGCAACUUCCGGGAUCAGGAAGCCCACAGGAAUUCCUCGUAGUACUUCAAGAGUGGCCAGGCCGACUGUUACAAAACCCAGGGCCAACCCUAGGAGACCUUUCAGAUAG